GGCAAAGAGAAUGGUGAAGGAGAAAGAAAAAGCCAUUGCUAUUGUGAAGGUUAUAGACUCUCCAAAGUUCAGACUGUUAUCUGGAAGCAUCUUGGAUGUGUACAAUGGUGGUCAGGAGAUUUCACCAGUUAAUAUGGGACUUACCAAUGCCUCCUGUCCAAGAAGUCAACCUGUGAAAAGGGAAACUCCAGAAACAGAUACUCGGGCUCUGGCAAAAGAGAGGCAAAAAAAGGACAAUCAUAAUCUCAUUGAAAGAAGAAGAAGGUACAAUAUUAAUUACCGAAUCAAGGAGCUUGGCACUCUUAUUCCAAAGUCUAAUGAUCCUGAUAUGCGCUGGAACAAAGGAACUAUUUUAAAAGCAUCAGUGGAGUACAUCAAGUGGUUACAAAAAGAACAACAGAGAGCCCGAGAAUUAGAACACAGGCAGAAGAAAUUAGAGCUGGUUAACCGACAGCUUCUCCUUCGAAUUCAGGAACUGGAAAUACAGGCUCGGGCACAUGGUCUGCCCGUCAUAUCUCCACACAGUGCAAUUGAUUUGGUUGCCCAUACCUCCAAUCAUCAGACCUAUCCGGAGGAUAAUUCAGUAGAUUAUUCCCAAGAACUGACUCUGGCUCAGAGAUCAAGAACUGACCUCUGCGAUGGAUCCACAGCUUUUUCUUAUCCCCUGUCACACUUUACUGAUUUAUCAUUUAGUGCUGCCUUGAAAGAGGAACAAAGAUUGGAUGAUAUAUUACUGGAUGAUUCAAUAUCUCCAUUUGGAACAGAUCCUCUGCUCUCUGCCACUUCACCUACAGUAUCUAAAGAGAGCAGUAGGAGAAGUAGUUUUAGCUCAGAUGAUGGAGAUGAGCUAUAAAAAAAGAAAGGAAAAAAACUGAACAGACCUGAUCUUCAUAUUGGGAAGAAAUUCUAUGCUGGUGCUAUGUGAUUAUGCUCUGAGUCUGGUAUAUUGCUGAGGCUUAAUUUUUAUAACAGUAAGUUGUUCAUGGCAAGCUGGGUUUUGAGGAGUUUUGAAGCAAAGGAGACUGCUCGAAGAUGCAAAAAUUAAGUUGGAGAAAUAUUUUUGGCUAAAGUUAUAUCAUUUGCAUGGAUACUUCUUUCUUUCGGCAAUUUUCAACCAAUAUUGAAAUGGUUCCCAGGAAAGGAUGUGUGAAAAUUAUAUCUAAGAAAUAAACAUAGGAAAUAGACUUCUACUUUAGAGUUAGUAGCACACUGAAGUUUGAAAGUAGAAACUGAGCUAAGUGCUUAUGGACAGAAUCAAUUACAGUCAACAAAACCAAGAAACCACUCCUUAUUCAUUUCUAUCUUGCCCAUUGCCCAACUUAAAAAAUAAAAUCAGUUUAUUAGCAGCUAGAUUGACAGAUUUAUGGUUCAUUGGCUCCCCCUUGCCCUCUGGUGGACAUGCUAAUGAGAGCCCAUAGCCAAAUGGAGGCGUAUUACAAAAUGGAACAUCUGCCCCUGGAUAAUUAGAAUUAAAUCUACAGUAAACACUGGACAUUUUCCAAAGCAGUGCUGAAAAUUCCCAAGCACUUUAACAAAUUGUUCUUCAUUCUUCUAGCUAUUUUCAUUUCAUUUAGCCUCAAAGCCUCACAGUUUAGUUGAUGAUAGAUACAUUCAGUCUAGAACAAAGAAACUUGA